GGGCCGGCGGACAGCGGGUCCGGCUUCGGCUGCGGGUUCGGCUGCGCUCCGGGCCGGGCCGGUCGGGACCGCCCCGCCAUGGGGACGCCGGGCGCCGGACGCAAGCGGCUACCGAACCGGGAGCGCCUGACGGCGGAGGACGAUGCGCUCAACCAGAUCGCCCGCGAGGCUGAAGCCAGACUUGCGGCGAAGCGAGCGGCGCGGGCGGAGGCUCGGGAGAUCCGGAUGAAAGAGCUGGAGAGGCAGCAGAAGGAGAUCUAUCAGGUGCAGAAGAAAUAUUAUGGGCUGGAUACUAAGUGGGGAGACAUCGAGCAAUGGAUGGAAGACAGUGAGCGUUAUUCCCGUAGAGCCCGAAGAAACGCCUCGGCUUCGGAUGAAGAUGAGCGCAUGUCAGUGGGUAGCCGUGGAAGCCUGAGGCCUUCUGAGUACAGCUGCUACCUUGGGUCGGGAUCUCGGGCAUCCUCCAGAGCCAGCUCUGCUCGGGCCAGUCCAGUGAUUGAGGAAAGGCCAGAAAAAGACUUUGAGAAGGGAGCACGAACUGUGUCAAGUUUAUCAGCAGCUACCUUGGCCUCUCUGGGCGGGACUUCUUCACGGAGAGGCAGUGGGGACACGUCCAUCUCAGCUGACACAGAGGCAUCCAUCAGGGAAAUCAAGGACUCUCUAGCUGAAGUUGAGGAGAAGUACAAGAAGGCUAUGGUGUCAAAUGCUCAGCUGGACAAUGAGAAAACCAAUUUCAUGUACCAAGUGGACACCCUGAAGGAUGCGCUCCUAGAGUUAGAGGAACAGCUGGCAGAAUCCAGGAGGCAAUAUGAAGAGAAAAGUAAAGAAUUUGAGAGGGAGAAGCACGCUCAUAGCAUAUUGCAGUUUCAGUUCAUGGAAAUCAAAGAGGCUUUGAAGCAGAGAGAAGAAAUGCUUGCAGAAAUCCAACAGCUGCAACAGAAACAGCAGAGCUAUGUCAGGGAAAUUUCUGAUCUUCAGGAGACAAUAGAGUGGAAAGACAAAAAAAUAGGGGCACUAGAGAGGCAGAAAGAUUUCUUUGAUUCCAUAAGGAGUGAGCGGGAUGACCUUAGAGACGAAGUGGUUGUGCUGAAGGAGCAACUGAAGAAACACGGAAUAAUCCCAGACUCUGAUGUAGCCACCAACGGGGACACAUCAGACAUUCUGGAUAACGAAGGACACUUGGAUUCUUCCCGAACUGUCCCAGGCACCACUCAGGCAUUAAAGACAGGAGGGGAGGGGAUGCUAGACAGGCUGAAAAAGCUCAUUGAUGAACGGGAGUCCUUGCUAGACCAGAUUAAAAAAUUAAAGGGACAACUGGAAGAAAAGCAAAGGAAUGGCAAGAUGGAAAAUGCACAGUCAGAAGAUGAAGUUCUGGAAAACGGGACAGAUAUGCACAUGAUUGACCUCCAAAGAGAUGCCAACAGACAGAUCAGCGAUCUCAAAUUUAAACUAGCAAAGUCUGAGCAAGAGAUAACAGCAUUGGAGCAGAAUGUAAUACGACUGGAAGGCCAGGUAGCCCGAUACAAAACUGCUGCUGAAAAUGCUGAGCGAGUAGAAGAUGAACUGAAGGCAGAGAAACGCAAACUGCAGAGAGAGCUUCGUUCAGCACUGGACAAAACCGAGGAGCUGGAGGUCAGCAAUGGCCACCUGGUGAAGCGGCUGGAGAAGAUGAAGGCCAACCGGAGCGCUCUGCUGUCCCAGCAAUAGCCACCCCCUCCCACGGGAACCACCGCUACUCGGAACCGGAACGACGCCGCAGCCGCUUCUGCGUCCUGCUGCCCGGGACGCUUCGUGCCAUUGCCUUCUGAGACCAGGCCACCCCAACACCUGCUCCGUGCCUCCCAGCCGGGGUCUCCCCGCGCAGAUCCAAGCCUGCUGCACUACAUCCAUAGGAGGAGCUGAUCCAAGUGGCUGUGCCCGCGGGAGCCCUUCCACGCCGAGCUCUGGGGACAGUCGAAGUACAACACAUUAAGAAGCACAUGGAAUUCUCCAUCCAGAGGGCACAGCAGCCAUUUAUUGCCGUUUAAAAUGGCACUCAAAGAAAACACUUUGACUGGAAUUUUGUGUCUUGCUGAAAAUUUUAAAACAAACACUGUAAGUUUCGGACUUUUCUCAUGACAGUAUCUGUAAUUUAGUGACUACGGUAGAGUUAUUCAUAGUAGGUUUUUCAUUUACAAAUCACUGUGGAACCAUAAGCCAUUACAAAGCAAAACUCCUUCAGUGGAAACCAUGGAAGAAGAUGGUCUUGGAAGCAAAAGUGACCUUAAAUGACUUUGCCAAUAAAACAAAUGUGUUUGGAGGGAUUUUUGCACCAGUAGAAUCAUGAGACUCUUUUAUUUCAGGGUAAAUAGGCAAUAGCUUCAUUGAAUUUUCAAUUUUUAUUUGUAUUAUUUAAUCCCUGCUCUUGGAGUUGAAGUAAAUGACUUUUAAAGGAUGUAAGGUUGCAUUAAUAAACCAGCAUAAGGCCGUGUUUUCAGAAAUGGUAGGGUUUGCACUUAGGUCACUCUCUUUGGUGCAUUUAUCAAGCAAGUGUCAUUUGCUUAAACAAAAUAUGUAAUGGGUUUUUUACAUCAGAAACUAUCUACUGGUCCAUGACCUACUAGGAAACGAUGCCGCUACAAAAUACAAGUCUGAUUUUUAAAAGAAUAACUGCUAAGUAAAGAAGCACUUUAGAAAAUAUUACUGCCUAUGGGUUUUCUACAGCUACGGAAGUAGCAAGUUAUCUCCCUCUACGAUCACUGCGGAGGUUUUCCACUUCCCACGCAGAACAGCGUAACCAGUUGAGAUGUUGCGGGCGAUUCUUGCGUGUGUAAAAAUGGCACACGACUGGCACUACAGCUCUGGUUCAUCAGAACUCAUUCUGAAUGUACUACUCAAAGGAGAGCAGCAGCUACCCCAGGAACAAAGCUGCCCGUCCCACCUCAGCCCUAACAGGAAAGCCAGUCCCUGUGGGAUCUGCUCACGCGGUGGAGCAGCAUCUCCUGUCCCACGGGAGCGGCCGUGGCUGCCUCAAGACGUUCUGCCAAGCCAAAUCCACACCCAGGAGAUCACAUUUCUUCCUUACUUGGUCUUCAAACCCCGCGAUCCAGGUCUUUCCCCAGCCUCCUCCGUGCAGACAGGAGGUUAAAGUAGGAACCGCUGCUAUUUCCAACGCACGAGGGAUCGCUGGUAUCUUCCUCGAGCACCUUCACAAAUUAAGUAAACCAAAACCGCUGUCUGAAUGUGUUUCUCUGGUUUGGCUAGGAAACAGCACCCUCGUCUUCAUCUCUUCCAAGUGCACAAGGAAAUUUAGGAAUGAAGCACUGAAAUUAUUAUUCCAGGAAAAGGGUGAAGAAGGCUUUUUUUGUGCCCCUGGGGAAUUAAGUAUGUCCUUGUUGAUGAAAUGUGGUGAAACAUGGGGUUGGAAGGAAUCUUUUUAAAUUAAAUUUCCACUCCAGUUAGGGCUUUGGGUUUUUGUUUUUUUUUUAAAUUGUUUUUGAGAGGAACAUUCAGGUGCAGAGCCAGGUUUCUUGUGGAAUACCUCAAAAUGGCUGUGGAUACCAAUUUACAAUUUUCUGUGCAUGACUUGUGUAAUUUCUGGUGUACAAAGCCUCGGGGGCCUAAAAAACAAGCAAAGGGAUUUUCAGAACACAAACAAACGUGCUAAAUAUGACACCUUACCAAUGGUAAGGUGUGUGAUUGCCACCAGUCAUCAUUUCAUUUGUGGCAGCAGUGAAAGCCGCCUCUCCUGGCAAGGCUCAGGAGAAACAACCCAGCAGCCAAGCGUUGGUCCAAAAGGCAAAAAAUAACACUUUGUUCAUUGAAAAGGGAUGUGUUUAUCGUUUCAAAGUAGAUUUCAUCUCGCACCCCAUAAGCAUCAACUUCAUGAUGGAAAUCAGAUGUGUAUUUCAACCUGGAUAUGCUCUUAGUAGAAACCUUUGUGUGUGAUAAAGUAGGUGAAUGUUGAAGCCACAUUUCCCCCUUCCCCUCCCCUAACUUUCAGUAUGACUUAGCAUUAGAAUAAGGGAAGAAAAAGAACUGGUUGGUUUACUGCAAACUGUUUCUAUGUUUUUCUGUGAAGAAUGUACAACAACAGGGCUUUGAAUGGUGAUAAUAGCACAUGUCCCAGUCCUAUUAUUUGAGCUCCAAACGAGAGCACCUCGGUACCCUGAGAGCGGGGCCGAGGUGGCGGCAGCCGGGCGAGGAACAGCUCCUGGGGGAACCAGGACGGGUUUUCCUACGACUUCUGUUUCAAUUUGUUAUCCUCUAUUUUAUUUUUAAAUGUUAAAUGAUUUUUAUCGCUUGCAAAUGGAAUGUUACCCGAAAUGUUUUUGGUUUUGUUUUGUUGGUUUUUUGUUUUUUUUCUCCCCCCAAUCGCUCUGUUAGGAGAUGUGAGCGUGGAAAAGGAAAUUCAUUAUGAGCAGAACUCGCCAAUAAAAUGUCACUUGUUUGGGUA